CUGCGAGGACGCUGCCCCGGGUGCGGAGUGGGCAGUCCCUCUGGGGCACACGCGCGCCUAGUUGCUCCCCGCAGCCUGGGAGCCCCGGAAAGCCGCGCCAGGAGGCACCAAUGCCCCAGAACGUAGUCCUCCCGGGCCCUGCGCCCUGGGGCUUCAGACUCUCUGGGGGCAUAGACUUCAACCAGCCCUUGAUCAUCACCAGGAUCACUCCAGGAAGCAAGGCGGCAGCUGCCAACCUGUGUCCUGGUGAUGUCAUCCUGGCUAUUGAUGGCUUCGGGACAGAGUCCAUGACUCAUGCGGAUGCACAGGACAGGAUUAAAGCAGCGGCACAUCAGCUGUGUCUCAAAAUUGACAGAGCAGACACUCGCUUAUGGUCCCCACAGGUCUCUGAAGAUGGCAAAGCUCAUCCUUUCAAAAUCAACUUAGAAUCAGAACCACAGGAUGUGAACUACUUUGAACACAAGCACAAUAUUCGGCCCAAACCUUUCAUAAUCCCAGGCCGAAGCAGUGGAUGCAGCACGCCCUCCGGUAUUGAUGGCGGCAGUGGACGUAGCACCCCCUCUUCUGUCAGUACUAUUAGUACCAUUUGCCCAGGUGACUUGAAAGUUGCUGCUAAGAUGGCCCCUAACAUUCCUUUGGAAAUGGAACUUCCGGGUGUGAAGAUUGUCCAUGCUCAAUUUAAUACACCUAUGCAGUUGUACUCAGAUGACAAUAUUAUGGAAACCCUGCAGGGGCAGGUUUCCACAGCUCUAGGGGAAGCUCCCUCCAUGAGUGAAUCCACGGCCUCGGUGCCCCCUCACUCGGAUGUGUACCGAAUGCUCCAUGACAAUCAGGAUGAACCAACACGGCCUCGCCAGUCCGGCUCUUUCCGAGUGCUACAGGAGUUAGUGAACGAUGGCCCUGAUGACCGUCCCGCUGGAACCCGGAGUGUGAGAGCUCCGGUUACGAAAGUCCACGGUGCUGCUGGCGGCGGACAGAAGAUGCCUUUCUGUGACAAGUGUGGAAAUGGCAUUGUCGGUGCAGUGGUGAAGGCGCGGGAUAAGUACCGGCACCCCGAGUGCUUCGUCUGUGCCGACUGCAACCUCAACCUCAAACAAAAAGGCUACUUCUUCGUGGAGGGGGAGCUGUACUGCGAAACUCAUGCGAGAGCGCGCACGAGGCCUCCCGAGGGCUAUGAGGCCGUCACUCUGUACCCCAAAGUUUAAACAUACGCAGGCAGUGCACGCACGCACGCACGCCAAGCAGCCACACGCACGUACGCAGGAAGGCAUGAAUGGCCUUGGGCAAAACGCAUCCCGAACCUCAACUCCAAAACUGAAGCCAAGGCUUUUAGACACGUCUGUCUUUCUGUGAAUAGGGGGCAGGGGAGGGAGUGAACGGGAGGCCGAAUGCCUGCUAUAACACAAAAGCCUACGUUUAGCUAUGUCGUACAACUCUUUUUAUCUUUCUGGCUAGCAAGAAUGACAUUUAAAGCAAUAAAAAUUUUUGUAUGUCAUACUCCACAAUUUACAUUUAUACUAUAACCAUCAACUACAUAAACUUACAGGGUUUUAAGGGAGUUUGAUUCUCUUUCCUUGACAAGCUGAUUUGAGCAGUUAUAGUAAUUAACACAUAACAAUCUUGUAUUCUAAGAUAAUCUGCAGCUGUCUGUCUUUGUUUUAACUAACAGAGUGCAUGUCAGUGAGGGCUCCCUGGGUUUCUUCAGUUUUUUCAAUUAUACCACUGA